CAAAAACCAAAGAAAAACAAACAGAGACAACAAAAAAGCAGUGAGCGCAUACAUACCCCUUCAGAUCUGUUGACCGCAAAACCGAGCUAGCAACAAAUUUCAGAAAUGGACGGGGGCAGACCGGGCCAGCCGGCAGACACUGACAUGGAGGAUGCUGCCGCCGCGGCCGCUCCACCGCCUUCUGACCCCCACCAACAACAGCAGCAGGUCUCCCCUUCCGGAGGCAUCGAAAAUAUUCCGGCCACUCUUAGCCAUGGUGGGAGAUUCAUACAGUAUAACAUAUUCGGGAAUAUAUUCGAGGUCACCGCUAAGUAUAAGCCUCCUAUCAUGCCCAUCGGCAAGGGCGCAUACGGCAUCGUUUGUUCGGCACUGAAUUCGGAGACCGGUGAGCAUGUGGCGAUAAAGAAGAUAGCGAAUGCUUUUGAUAAUAAAAUUGAUGCCAAGAGGACUCUCCGUGAGAUCAAGUUGCUUCGUCAUAUGGAUCAUGAAAACGUUGUUGCAAUCAGGGACAUAAUUCCUCCACCCCGGAGGGAAUCAUUUAAUGAUGUUUACAUUGCUUAUGAGCUAAUGGACACUGAUCUCCAUCAGAUCAUUCGUUCCAAUCAAGCACUAUCAGAAGAGCACUGUCAGUAUUUCCUGUAUCAAAUUCUCCGAGGAUUGAAAUAUAUACAUUCUGCAAAUGUUCUGCACAGAGAUUUAAAACCUAGCAAUCUCCUCCUGAAUGCAAAUUGUGAUCUGAAGAUAUGCGACUUCGGCUUGGCUCGUGUUACCUCAGAAACUGAUUUCAUGACAGAAUAUGUUGUUACAAGAUGGUACCGAGCACCAGAAUUAUUGUUGAACUCUUCAGAUUAUACUGCAGCUAUUGAUGUAUGGUCAGUGGGUUGUAUUUUCAUGGAGUUGAUGGAUAGGAAGCCCCUCUUUCCUGGUAGAGAUCAUGUGCAUCAACUUCGUUUGCUUAUGGAGCUCAUUGGCACUCCAUCAGAGGCUGAGUUGGAGUUUUUGAAUGAAAAUGCAAAGCGAUACAUUCGACAACUUCCUCCCCAGCAUCGCCAAUCUUUCACUGAGAAGUUCCCAAGUGUCCAUCCAGCAGCUAUAGAUCUUGUUGAAAAGAUGUUAACAUUUGAUCCCAGGCUGAGGAUUACAGUUGAGGAUGCGCUUGCUCAUCCCUACCUAACGUCACUUCACGAUAUCAGCGAUGAGCCAGUGUGCAUGACUCCCUUCAGCUUUGAUUUUGAGCAGCAUGCGUUAACCGAAGAACAGAUGAAGGAGCUGAUUUAUAGGGAGGCUCUUGCAUUUAACCCUGAGUAUCAGCAGCAAUAAUAAAAACUCACUAAUUAUAUCAUCCUAUUCAUUGUGGAUUUUAAUCAUCAGUGUGGUUUCUGUUGCACGGUUUUCAGUGAUUUUAUUUCUUCAUGUAUAUAUAUGUUCCACCAAAACUGGGUGGGUUGGUUCUUGAAUUGAAAUAUUUGAUUAUGGGCCGACCUUUCGAACUAGGACUGUUGGAAUGGUAUUUGAAUCGCUAGUCUUUGCUUUUUUCUUGUGCU